AUGGUUCUUACAAAUAAACAAAAAGAGGAAUUGAAUGGAGCAAUAUUAGAUUAUUUAGAAACUUCAGGAUAUAAUACAAGUUUGGAAGAAUUUAAAAAAGAAACCAAUGUAGAGAUUGAUCCAAAGAAGAAAGGAUUAUUGGAAAAGAAAUGGACGUCUGUCAUUAGAUUACAAAAAAAGGUGAUGGAUUUGGAGGCAAAGGUUGUACAGUUGGAAGAGGAAUUGAACGCAGGCGGACGAGGAAGUGCCGCACGUCGAGGCAAGGAGGAUGCAUUGCCUCGUCCACCCGAGAAACACACACUCACAGGACAUCGUAAUUGUAUCAAUGCCGUCAGAUUCCAUCCAUCGUUUUCACUGUUGGUGUCGGCAUCUGAAGAUGCCACCAUGAAGGUAUGGGACUUUGACAGCGGAGAGUUUGAACGCACAAUGAAGGGUCACACCAAUGCAGUGCAAGACAUUGAUUUUGACAAGACGGGUAACGUCAUGGCUUCGUGUUCGGCCGACCUUACGAUUAAGCUGUGGGAUUUUCAGACUUACGACAAUACCAAAACACUUCAUGGCCACGACCACAAUGUCAGUUGUGUCAAGUUUCUCCCAAGUGGCGACCAGUUGGUCAGCUCUUCGCGUGACAAGACCAUCAAGGUGUGGGAGGUGGCUACGGGCUACUGUGUCAAGACGAUGACCGGCCACGAGGACUGGGUUCGUCGCAUCGUCGUCUCUGAGGACGGCACUUGUAUAGCUAGUUGUAGUUCGGAUCAAACUGCGCGUCUCUGGAAUUUGGCCAAGGGCGAGUGUAUAAUGACUUUUAGAGAACACAGUCAUGUCGUCGAAUGUGUUGCCUUUUCACCGGCAAACAUUGUAGAAAUUCCAGGUUCUCUCCUCUCUACUGCAGAGGGAAGAACGAGGGCUAAAGUUGGUGCUGGUGGUACUUCAUUUGGUCAAUCAGGUUAUUUGGCUACAGGUUCAAGAGAUAAAACUAUAAAGAUUUGGGAAAUUGCAACUGGUCGUUGUUUACAAACUUAUAUUGGACAUGAUAAUUGGGUAAGAUCAGUUAGAUUCCACCCAUGCGGAAAGUAUUUAUUAAGUGUUGGGGAUGAUAAAACAAUCAGAGUUUGGGAUAUUGCACAGGGAAGAUGUAUAAAAACUAUAAACGAUGCUCAUAGUCAUUUUGUAUCAUGUUUAGAUUUUUGUUCACAUAAUCCUCAUAUUGCUACAGGAGGUGUAGAUGAUGUUAUUAAAGUUUGGAAAUUAGGUUAA